UGUUAGUUGACGUUUAAUCUGCCAGUGUCACGUGUCACUGUGUACUGUGCAUUGUUCAUGAUUGUUCAUGAUAAAAUAAUAAAUUACGUUUGGAAAAAAAGCAAAUUAAAUUAUCGGGUGAAAUUUAACGUUUUAUAAAAGUUAUUGAGCAUGGAUUGCGCUAUGUGUAUGAGGGGCUAUUCCCGUUACAUGUUAAUACUUUUUAAUUUCAUAUUUGUGAUCACUGGUAUUGUAAUAAUUUCUGUGGGUCUGAGCUCUAAAGCUUACUUCAAUGAAUUCGAUCAACUUAUGGAUAACAAAUAUUUCUACAUUUCCGAUUUUCUGAUAGUCAUUGGAGUGGUAAUAUUUUUCAUCGCUUUCUUUGGCUGCUGUGGAGCGAUGAAAGAAAAUGCAUGCAUGACUACCACAUACUCAACUUUAUUGGUUAUUAUAUUUAUUCUCGAGUUGGCUGUUGGAAUUACUGCUGUAGUCCUCAAGGGUAAAACCGAAGAAUUUUUAGCUGAUAAAUUAGAAGAAACAAUGCAUACUUAUAACAACCACAGCUUUAAUGAAACUACAGUAGUUUGGGAUACCAUACAAUCACAGUUCCAAUGUUGUGGGGUCCAUAAUUUCACCGACUGGAAAAAUGUUCCUGCUGUCAAUUAUACUACAGGCUUACCAUUGUCCUGUUGCAAAAUUCCUGCAGGUUCUACGCAAUUUACCUGCAAUCCCAUUUUUGCUUACCAUAAAGGAUGUUUGGAAAAGUUCGGUGAUUUCGUAAAACAAAACAUUUCGUAUGUCGAAGGGGUUGGUAUUGGGUUGGCCGUUAUUCAGCUUCUGGGUAUCCUCUUUUCCUGCUGCUUAUCCAAAUUUAUAAGAAGUGAUUACGAGACUGUUUAAAAAUGAUGAAUAAAAAGUAGUAACUUGUAUGAUGGCAAUACAUUACAAAAUAUUAGUUUUAGGUCUACUUGAUAAUUGAAUUUAUUAAUUGCUCCAUAAUGUCAAGUAUAUGUCUAUUAAAAUAUGGAUGUUUCAAUUUACAACAAAUAUUGUAUCAUGUUUUAGAUUUUAGUAUUUAGGGGGACUAUCUUAACGUGUGAUAUUCUUUACAAAACUUAAUUAUAAUGAUUCAUUAAUAAACCAUGUAAAAUA